GACUUAUUUUAUCAAACAUUUACCAGUCCUGUCUGCUUAUUGUUCUUCUUCAGUUGCCAUUCUGGGCUGGAUAAGGUGAAAUCCUGAUAUAUUCACCGGCGAAAUAAUUCCAUUUCAUCAUCCGGGUCAAUCACAGAAAUUGGUUUGAAGUGAAAAAUUAUGGCAAUUGAUAUGAGUACAGAGAUUUCAAGCUUGACUACCAGUCCAAGGAUAUCAUUUUCUCAUGAUCUUUGCCACACAGAUGAUGACGAGGCUUCAAGAAUGGAAGAAGAUAAUCAGCUCCGAAGAGAUUCAUCACUGCUGGAAAUGGAUUCUGGGGAUUUUGAUUUCAGUAUCAGCAAUAUUUUCGAGGCAGAAACUACUUCAGCAGAGGAGCUUUUCUCAGGUGGCCUAAUUCGCUCUGUUCAAAUUCAAGACAAGUUUGUUCAUGCUUCAAAGCAAAUUCCAAUGUCAAAAACUCAAGUUCCUCAGCCUCAAUUGCCUUCUCUUCCGCCACUUCCCUUGGUUCAUCCCUCAAAUGCAGGAUCAAAGCAAGAGAUUCUCAAAGAACCCAUCUUUGGAAACACUGAAUCCGAACAGAAGAAUCAGUCAAAAUCCUUUUGGGGUAUUAAGCGAAGUUGCAGUCUUCACUGCGAGAACAGUCACAAAAAGAGCUCAUUUUGGUCAUUGCCACUUUUGUCUAGGAGCAAUUCAACUGGUUCUGUACCGACUCCAAAACAAGGUACAAGGGAAAACCAGAAGCAGAAUGGUUUUGGCUCAAAACAGCAGAAAAAUCUUUCAGGGAUUUCCUCUGUAUCUGCAACAGGUGCUUCUUUAUAUGUAUAUCCACUGUCACAGCAAAAGCCUCCAUUGAGGAAGAAUUAUUCAGGGGCUAAUGCAAAUGGAAUGAGGAUUAGUCCAGUACUUAACAUGCCAGUUCCAUCAUCCACUAUUUCAAAAGGUUUCGGAUCAUUGUUUCGCAAUGGUGGCAGCAGAGAUAAGAAGGUCAAGAAAUGAUCUUUACUAAUCACUGGUUGAUUCAAAGGCUUUUUUAUGGGUCAUAGAAUGUACCUUUUGAUCAUGAUGUUAUUAGCAAGAUUAACCAUUCUGGGAAGAAACAAAAGAAUUGUACAAAAAGGUAAUGGAUGAGAAUUGAGAAAAAGAGGGGGAUAAGGAGGAGGAAAUCAUGGAGGUUUUGGGAGAAUGUUCAUGUUAGUGCCAUUGUCACAUGUCACAAGCUCAGGAGACACACAAACAGGAGGGACCUUAAAUCAAGGGUUGCCACUAUUGCCUAUCCCUUUCUUUCUUUUCAUCUUCUCCAUGAUUUUUUGCUCUUUCUUUUUCCAGUUGUAGAUUUUGAUUUUCAAGCAUCUAACUUUUCAGGGCGUUGUUAGUACUCUUUGAUUAGAUGUUUGAUAAUCAUAUAUUAUAGAAAUUAGUUAUUUAGUUGGUCUUUCAACCCUUUUGCUUUUUGUUUGUUUUUGUGGGGGAUGUGAUUUAUGGCUUUAUGACUAAUGGAUUUGGAUUUUGGAGGACCAAAUGAACAGAGAGGAUUUUUCUUUUUGAAUUCUGA